AUGAGAUAACAGCUCACAGCAGCAAUGUAUCCUCACUAGUCCUGGGCAAAACCUCAGGCCAGCUGCUGGCAACUGGAGGAGAUGACUGUCGAGUCAACAUAUGGUCAGUGAACAAGCCCAAUUGCAUCAUGAGCUUGACAGGCCAUACAUCGCCCAUUGAGAGCCUACAGGUCAAUACGAAUGAGAAACUGAUUGUUGCAGGGUCACAGUCAGGGUCCAUUCGAGUUUGGGACCUGGAAGCUGCCAAAAUUCUUCGAUCCUUACUUGGUCACAAAGCAAAUAUCUGCAGCCUUGAUUUCCAUCCUUAUGGAAGUAUUGUGGCAUCUGGCUCUUUGGACACAAACAUUAAGCUCUGGGAUGUGAGAAAAAAAAGCUGUGUCUUCAGGUACAAGGGCCACACAGAAGCAGUUCGAUGUCUCCGCUUUAGUCCUGAUGGGAAGUGGUUAGCCUCUGCUGCUGAUGAUCACACUGUAAAGCUGUGGGAUCUCGUGGCUGGGAAGCUAGUGUUUGAAUUUACAGAACAUACUGGCCCAGUAAACGUUGUUGAAUUCCAUCCCAAUGAAUACCUUUUGGCUUCUGGUAGCUCUGACAGGACUGUUCGGUUCUGGGACUUAGAGAAGUUUCAAGUGGUGAGCUGUAUUGAAGAGGAGGCUACUCCAGUCAGGUGUGUGCUCUUCAACCCAGAUGGCUGCUGCUUGUAUAGUGGGUUCCAGGAUUCGCUGCGUGUGUAUGGCUGGGAGCCAGAGCGCUGUUUUGAUGUGGUCUUGGUGAACUGGGGAAAAGUAGCUGAUUUAUCUGUCCGCAACAACCAGCUGAUAGGUGUUUCCUUUGCACAAAGCACAGUCUCUUCCUUCGUUGUGGAUCUCAGCAGAGUUACAAAGUCAGAUUCUAUUCCUCAUGGGCUAAUCAGGGAUGAUGAACCUCUUGUGCCACCUACCUCCAUGGGGUCCUCCCUUCGCCGCAUCUAUGACAGGCCCUCAACUAGCUGCAGCAAGCCACAAAGAGUGAAGCACAAUUCAGAGAGUGAGAGGCGCAGUCCCAGCAGUGAAGAUGACCGGGAUGAGAAGGAAUCAAAGGCUGAGAUCCAGAACCCAGAUGAUUACAAUGAGAUCUUCCAGCCCAAGAAUGCUAUCUGUCGUACUCCUCCUCGAAACAGUGAACCCUUUCCAGCCCCCCCUGAGGAUGAGCCCAUAGCUGCAAAGGAAGCAGUGAAGCCCAGCCAAGCUCCGGAUGUCCAGACGCUGUUGCCAAAGCAAGAACUUCCUGAUCCAGUUCAAAGGCCACCAAUUGCCUCUUCAACUCCCUUGACCAGAGCAGAGCAGUUGGUGAUUCCUGCAGCCAGGAAUGAGCCCAUUGGCCUGAAGGCCUCUGACUUUCUACCAGCUGUGAAAAACCAAAGCCAGACAGAGCUCGUGGAUGAGGAAGCCAUUUCCCAGAUCAGGAAAGGCCACGAGACCAUGUGUGUGGUGCUCACCAGUCGCCACAAGAAUCUGGACACUGUGCAGGCUGUGUGGAGCUCCAGUGAUAUCAAGAACUCUGUGGACUCUGCAGUGGCAAUCAAUGAUCUGUCUGUUGUUGUGGACCUCUUGAAUAUUGUCAACCAAAAACCGUCUCUCUGGAAGCUGGAUUUGUGUACUAUAGUCCUGCCACAGAUAGAAAAACUACUCCAAAGUAAAUAUGAAAGUUACGUGCAGACUGGCUGCACCUCCCUGAAACUCAUUCUCCAGAGAUUCCUGCCACUGAUCACGGACAUCCUUGCUGCACCACCUUCUGUUGGAGUGGACAUCACCAGAGAGGAAAGGCUCCAUAAAUGCAGGCUGUGCUACAAGCAGCUGAAAAACAUCAGCAGCAUCAUCAAGAACAAGUCUGGGCUCAGCGGCCGCCAUGGUAGUGCCUUUCGGGAACUGCAUCUCCUCAUGGCUGUCCUGGAGUGACAGCCUCCCCUCCUCACUUGCAAAUGAAGGUGGCCAAGCUCCCCUUGGUCUGGCUGGAUUUUCACCUCUCUUCAUGUGUCCAUCUUCCCCCUGCACAGCACAGCAGGGAAGUGGGAUCUUGCUGGCUGGUUGCCU